AUGUCAACUAGCGCCAGCUCCACGUUGGUGGGAUCCAUCUCCAAGAUCAAGAUCGGAGAUACUCAAUCGAAGACUGAGCGAACACCCGUGGACACUAUUCCUUUGCCAACAGUUCUUAGCAGUGUUGAAGUGGACGAAAAUGUGGUCAAAGCACUUCCCAUUCCCGGAUCUAAGCUCGUCGACGCGCAGAAAUUCGGUGAAUCUCUUUCAAGUUGGGGCAAGACGGCCAAGUUGGUAGUCAAGCUCCCUGAUGGAACAUUGCAGGACUAUUUCCUGAAGGGAGGUCGACCCUUUAAGUUCUUGGCGGUUGUUGUCCCAAGGCUUGGUCCCAUUGGGAAGCAGAUGUGCCAUGGAGAGUUCGAAUCACUAAAGGCCAUUGACGCAGUUUCACCGGGUUUUGUCCCCAAGCCAUAUGCAUGGGGUGAGAUUGGGCGGGAAGAGGGAAGCUACUUCUUGCCCGUCGAGUUUCGCCAUAUCGGGCGCCAGCUUGCGGAACCCAGCAAGCUAGCGAGGAGACUUGCCGACAUGCACAUGCGCUCCGUCUCGCCAACCGGAAAGUUCGGGUUCCAUGUAGCGACCUGUCAUGCUAAGAUCAUCCAAGCCGUUGACAUGUGGGACGAUUCAUGGUGUGUUGUGUUUAGCCGCCACUUGGGACACAUCAUCGACCUGGCCUCGCCUGUUCUUCAAUGGGCCGAGUUUGAUCUAGUAUCCAAGCUUGUCCUCGAGAAGGUUGUCCCCCGUCUAUUGCUGCCCCUUCAGUCAGAGGGGAGAGUUCUGAAGCCCAGCCUCAUCCACGGUGACUGCUGGGACGGUAACACGGCGAUGGACAUGAAGACGGGCGAGGCGUUCAUAUUCGAUGUUUGCUCCUUCUACGGCCACAAUGAGUACGACACAGGAAAUUGGCGUGCCCCGAGGCACAGAUUGAGCAACAAGCCUACAUCAAGAAUUACAAGUUUACCAGAUGUCAGAGCCAAGUACGUGUUUCCCACGCCGACUUCGAGGACGGCUUAG